AAGAAGAGGAAGAAGAAGAGGGGAAAACAAAACAAUUUUUUUAAAGAAAAAACCCCUCCGACACGAUUUCCCCGGAGUUGAAGAAAACCGCACACACACAAAGAGGGAGAGAGAGAGAGAGAGGGAGAGGGAGAGAGAGAAUAAACCAAACCAGACCAGACCGCCGCCCCCGCCGCAACAUGCUAACAGCCCCCGGCGACCGUUAGAGAGCGGCGGCCCACACACCAUGCCGUACCCUGCUGGAAACCCAGGAUCUCUGCAGCUCCCAACACAGAAGCAUUAUGGCAUCACGUCUCCCAUUAGCUUGGCUUUACCAAGAGAAAACGAUCAUGUACUUACUCAGAAACUCAUCGAGGCCCUAAAACCUUUUGGAGUCUUUGAAGAGGAAGAGGAGCUGCAACAUAGAAUCGCAAUUCUAGGGAAACUAAAUAGUCUAGUUAAAGAGUGGAUCCGGGAAACCAGUGAAAUUAAGAACCUUCCACCGUCCGUUAUCGAGAAUGUUGGUGGCAAGAUUUUUACAUUUGGUUCCUACAGACUGGGAGUGCACACAAAAGGUGCUGAUAUUGAUGCCCUGUGUGUUGCACCUCGUCAUAUUGAUAGAAGCGACUUUUUCACCUCAUUCUGUGAAAAGUUGAAAGAACAGGACGAAGUGAGGAAUUUAAGGGCUGUUGAAGAGGCCUUCGUACCAGUAAUUAAACUUUCCUUUGACGGUAUAGAGAUUGAUAUUUUGUUUGCAAGAUUAGCGCUUCAGACGAUUCCUGAAGAUUUGGAUCUUCGAGAUGAUGUGCUGCUUAAAAAUUUGGAUUUAAGAUGCAUCCGAAGUCUUAAUGGUUGCAGAGUAACUGAUGAAAUUUUACAUUUAGUCCCAAACAUUGAAAACUUUAGACUGACGUUGAGAGCAAUUAAAUUGUGGGCAAAACGUCAUAACAUCUACUCCAACAUACUUGGCUUUUUGGGUGGUGUGUCAUGGGCCAUGUUGGUAGCAAGAACGUGUCAACUAUACCCCAAUGCCGUGGCAUCCACUCUGGUACACAAGUUCUUCCUGGUCUUUUCAAAGUGGGAAUGGCCUAAUCCUGUCUUGUUAAAGCAACCAGAGGACUGUAAUCUGAAUCUGCCAGUGUGGGAUCCGCGGGUCAACCCAAGUGACAGAUACCACCUAAUGCCAAUUAUCACACCAGCCUACCCACAGCAGAACUCCACGUAUAAUGUAUCAGCUUCCACACGAGCAGUGAUGAUGGAGGAGUUCAAGCAAGGGCUUUCAAUCACAGAUGAAAUAUUAAUGGGUAAAACAGAGUGGCCCAAACUCUUUGAAGCUCCAAAUUUCUUUCAGAAGUACAAGCAUUACAUUGUGCUGCUGGCAAGUGCCCCAACCGAGAAACAGCACUUGGAAUGGGUGGGGCUGGUGGAAUCAAAGAUCCGUAUCCUGAUCAGCAGUUUGGAAAAGAAUGAAUUCAUUACUCUGGCUCACGUCAAUCCACAGUCAUUUCCAGCUCCCAAAGAGAAUCCUGAAAAAGAUGAAUUCAGCACGAUGUGGGUGAUUGGAAUCGUCUUUAAGAAAGUGGAAAACAGUGAGAAUUUAAGUGUUGACCUGACAUACGACAUUCAGUCAUUUACAGACACUGUUUAUAGACAAGCAAUGAACAGCAAGAUGUUUGAAGCAGACAUGAGGAUUGCAGCAAUGCAUGUGAAGAGGAAACAGCUCCAUUUGCUUCUACCCAGUUGCGUUCUACAGAAAAAGAAAAAGCAUUCACUGGAAGGGAACAAAGCCAACUGUGAAGAUGAAAAUAGCAUGGAGGCUUCUCUAGACAGUGACCACAGCCUGCUCGUGCCUACCAGUCCGUUACAGAAUGCCAACAGCCCACAGAGUCCCACGACUGCCGUAUCAACAGCCAAUGUGACCAGCGUUUCGAAUUCGGAAUCCCAGGCUGAUCCGGAGAUCAGUCCUUCCAAGAGAGAUUCCGUUCCAAGCUCAGAGGGCUCUUCUUCAUCAACCAGUGACCACAUUCCUCAGGCUCUCGCCACCCCCGCUUCUGCUCCACAGCCAAAACCAGCAAACAGCCGUGUCUCGUCUACGUGUGUCAGUAACCAGCCUUCAAACCCAACUGCUAAAGCACCCAGUCUGGCUGCUUCGGGAGCAAAGAGACCAACCUCGCCUCAGACAGAUGAAUCUGCAAAGAAAGUGGAGGAGCCUGCAACCAACGGUGUAACAGUGGAUCAGAGCCCAUCAUCACAGAGCUUGAAGCGACCUUCCACACAGCCAUCCGAAGGCUCACCAAAGAGAACAAGAAUAGACGAGGCCAGCGUUGUGAAGCAGCGGGCAGACUCUUCCAAAAGCGCUGCGGGCGAGAAGAGAAUGGACGAGGACGUAAAGGAGCUUGAAUCAGAAGAAAAGCUGACCCCAAUCCCAACCAUCGCUUCCAUCUCACAGGAACCAACAAGCACAGAACUCUCUGACGUCUCGUCCCUUCCUGUAAACCCCGUUCCGGUAGUAAAAAAUUCUAUAAAGCUACGACUGAAUCGGUAGGACAGUUGCCACACCUGGGGCCACAGAACACAACAACAGAAUUAACCUGGAGACACACACACACACAAACACAAAAACCUAACGAAAGUCAUCUGUUUGCUGGCUACAGCUUCCUUUGUGGGGGAAAAAAAAAUGUAAAAGUUUUUUUUGGAUGCGAGUGCUAAUGGUAUAUUCGUGACGUGACAUUGGACGAUAAAGGCUGUAGAUUUUUUUUUAAAAAAAAGAACUGUGACCCGUAAUAAGACUUGAUCAUUGUUGAAUCUAGAGUCUGAUAGAAUUUUGACCAGUGUCGCCCGACUGUUCGGGGUGUGAAUGCAGCCGGUGCGUUUUGGCAGAGUACCGCUGAUUGCGUUGGCAACAGUUACGUUAGUCGGAGAGAGAGAGAGAAAAAAAAAACAUUGCUUAGCGAACGCUUUAUCGGAGAAACGUUCUUUUUUUUUUUCCUCGUUUCUCUUUCGCCCUCCGCGCCCCUGUUUCCCCUGCCCGGCCACCCGCUCGCUCUCUCGCUCUCUUCCCCCCCCGCCCCGUCCUCCGCUACCACCUGUCUCUGCUCUUAAAAUUGUCUCGCGGUCGUGACGAGAUUUUUUUCUUGACCAAUCGUUUAUGGGCAUUACUUGUCAGUUUAGGCUGGUCGUGGUACUGAGAGAGAUUGAGACGUGAAGGAAUCUUGUACCUGGUAUGGAAUUUAAUUACAGAGCUAAUCGAUAUCUCUCUCUCUCUCUCUAUAUAUAUAUAUAUAUAUAUAUUUUCGUUUCUUUCUCUAAAAGCAGAAACAGAGCUUUGAUUCUAAGUGGCAUCUUACCACCUGCAAAAAAGGCCAAAGCAUCUGUGAGUUGGUUCCUUGUGCUGCGUUUUUUUGAUCUACAAAGAUGUUCACUUGACAUUUUUUUUCUAGUAGUUGUUUUAUUUGUGCCGCUGCCAGAUACUAACUCUAAACAGAUUCCAAUUAUUGCCUGAGACUCGAAUUCGGGAUGCGUUUGGGUAGCCGGCUGACAUAGAGCAGGGUGUUCCGACUGCAGCCCGCGGGCCGAUUUCAUCUGACCCACUCGCUCACUCCGUAACCCGUGACUGUUACGUUUCUGGCACGCAAACGGAAACACAAUAAUCUUGCUUGCGUUUGCCAAAUAGGGCAUCUGGCCCUUGGCAGCCACCCUGACGGAGAAGGUUGGGCUUUUUUGGCAAUUGGAAUCAAUUUUGCAUCUUAAGCAAAUGGUUUGCAUCCACGGCACAUAUUUGAUGUUGGAUGGAACACACACACACGCGCGCACGCACACUCCUCUUAUUUCCCCCCCCCCCCCCAUCCACCACUACAAGCUCCACACUGCUUGUCUUCCCUUGGCCCAAGAGAAAACAUACUGUAAAUCUCUGCAUGGCUCGGGUGGCAAGUGCAACAGCUGGAGAGCUUCCAAAUAAAGGCUGUGGUGUUGUAGCCAGGACAGCCCUCCACCUUACAGAUGACACGGGGGGGAAAAAAGCUUGACUAAUCUUGUGCCGGUCUCUACAUGAAGCCAUUUUAGCCAGAGCGAGUGGGUAUGACCACUCUUGUUGCAAUGGUAAUAGUUCUGAGUGUGCAAGCAAAUAACUCUUAAAUUGUUCCUGGUUUUGCAAAAUCCUACCUUGGAUCGCUGCGUUUAAAAAGAAAACCACAGGCUGUGCUCUUCCAGACACUUGUCUGUCGUCGCUUUUAAACCCCUCCCCUCGGAGAUGCAUGGAGAAUUUCCAAGCACGUUCUGUAAAAUUGAACGACUCACUGAAUAUGACCAACAUUUCAAACGGCCUGUUUUAAUCACAUAUCCCAAAACAUAGAGCGAAGCGAGACAGAUUUUUUUUUUACUGCGUGUGUGGGGGGCUGGGGGCGGGGUUGGGGAAUAUAGUUUCUGUGAAGGCAUGUUAAAAGGUUUGUAACUCUGCUUAAUGCAUUCACAUCCACACACAAGAAAGAAAGGCUGGUUGCGUAGGUGCUUACCGUCACUCAAAUUUUGGCAUAUAUUUCUGAUAAGUUCAGCACGAGCUUGUGUAGCAAAUGUUGCAAGGACAAUUUGCUGUAGGUGGGCAACGAGAGCUGACUUCAUCCCCUUCCCCCCACCCCAUUUCAUCUGGCCCACCUGCUCCCUCCAUAACGCGUAAAUGUUAUGUGAUGUUUCUGGAAGGGAAACACAGAAAUAUUGCUCAUGUGGCCCCCGGAUGUUUCUCGAAGAGGACAUCCGGCCCUCGGCAGCCAAAGGGUUGGAGCGCUCUGAUUAACCAUAACCUUUUCUUUCGUCUGAAAGCCAAUUGGUGCUAAAUCGGAAAUUGGGGUUAGCUUCUACAAGCGGGGAAGGGGGAAAGGGAGGGGAGAGCGAGGAAGGUCAAAUUCCGAAGAUUCUUAAAUUACAUUUUUGUUAAACGACGUUUGAGGAUUUUCUCUGUGACCCGAGGCCGUAUCUGUGUCUGUCGUCUGUCAGCAACGUAGACUUGCAAUGGUGCACGCAAAUAGUCUUUCAGCUGUUUAGCGAAACGUGACGCGCAAACAGUGUCCCUGGCUCUAAAUGGCCAGUCACCACGGAGGCGUCUGUCUUAUCUAGGGCGCUAUUCUUCUUAUUUAAAAAAAGAAUAAUACUUUUAAUUUGGGUUCAUUUUAAACUGUUUAGUCACUAUCCAUUCGGUCGUGGUCUGAAGUCCGAAAUGCCUGCAAAUGUACCUCUCCAAAGCUUCUGACACUUUAUGACGUCUCUCCCAUUCGUUUUGAACAUGUGAGCUUCAAUAGAGAAUUGUUUUUCCUCCACCUGGCUGGAGCAAGCCUGCGUGUUAGAUACCCAGCCCCCCACCCCGGGAGGAAUCGACGCACAGUUUACCGUUCAGACCAUGUAGCCAACCUGUGUGCUCUUGUUUCGACAGAAGAUCUCCCCUCCCUCCCACACAACCCCAGAUCAGGGAUGUCAUUGAGAACCAGCCAUGAGAACAUUAGUCGUUCCCAUAUUGGUAGCUAGUGUAGAUGUUAAGCAGGCAGGUGAGAACCUCAGGUGCCGAUAUCAAAGGCCACAGUUAAAACAGGACAGCUCGUUUUUAGUCACGCUAACUGCUGUACAACUAGAAUUUGGCGCAAGAGCAUGAGAGGGAAAGCAAGCUUGGGCACAAACAACCACAAAACUAUCGCGUCUAUGUUGCAUGUGUGUAGUAGAGCCAGUGCAUCACCUGCAUUGCAUUUACGUAGGAGGAAUGAGAUGUAUGUUGUCUAAUCUCACGCAAUACACUUGUAUGACAGGUUGCAGCAAACACUGUGGUAUUGGCACGUCUCGCCCUGCGCUUCUUUGGGGCCGUGCGUGCACCAAAUCCACUUUUCUUUUGCCAGGUGACGUUUAAAACGGUUGCAGAUUCCCUCAAACCAUUUUGCUGAUGCUUAAGAAAUCGGAUGGGAGAGGGG